ACGUCAGACCAACAUGAAGGAUGACUUUCCAACCAGAAAUGAGUUAGGAGACAGAGAUGAGUUGAGAGAUUCACGGGAAGGAUCGAGCGACCGCGUCCUGUGCGACCUCCGAUGGAGGAUGCAGACGGCUAAUGCACUUACCACCUGUUACAACUCUGGGCAGCCCGAGAACUGGCUGAAAAAGUGAUAAACUCCUCACAAAGCUCCAAACCCUGUAUCCAGUUGCAUUUGUGGGCGAGCAGAAGGCAAUUGAUAAUCAGUUUUCGGAAGGCCCGAUCGGUCUUUCCGAAAAUUGAUUCAACUUCGAUAGUGAACAUAUUGUAAGGUUAGAAUACCAGACAUGACCGACGGUAGUAGACUAUUGCAACUCCUUUUGCAAGUUUCAGAGAAAGCUGCUAAUAUAGCCAGAACAUGCCGUCAGAAUGAAACACUCUUUAAAUUACUCGUUCAGGAAAAGUCCGAAGAAGAAAAGAAUCCUAGGUUCUUUCAUGACUUUAAGACCCUAGCGGAUGUUCUUAUUCAAGAAACGAUUAAGCAUGAUAUUGGUCUCGAGUUUCCAGAAUUAGUAGAGGCGGUGAAAGGCGAAGAGAGUAACGUAUUUAGUAACACUCUAGGAGAAACAAUAAUUGUAAAUGUUUGUUCCUCUCUUAACGAAACUGCUGACCUUCUUUCAAAAGUCCUCGGAGACGAUAAAGAGGCAGCCAGUUUAUUAGCUCUAGAAGUUCAUAAGGAUAUUACCAUGUCCGAUGUUCCAGUCGAUUCAAAUCUUCCCAAAGAUCUCGAUCUUCACAUAAAUGACUUAGGAAUUUGGAUAGACCCUAUAGACUCAACUGCUGACUAUAUUAACGCUAUAGAGAAAGUGGAUGAGGAAACAGGUAUACAUUUAAGUGGGUUGAGAUGCGUCACUGUGCUGAUCGGUGUAUAUCUUCAAAGCACAGGACUACCCGUUUUAGGCGUAGUUAAUCAACCAUUUUAUAUCAACAAAGAUUCGCAAUGGCAGGGAACUUGUUACUGGGGGUACAGUAACAACGGCACAAACAAAUGUUCUCUCGGUGGUGCCACGAAACCUGGUAACGUGAUAUUACUUAGUCAGUCUGAAAAUCCAGACAUAAAGUGCAAUCUCAAGAAAGGUGGCUUCUCUCUGAUCGAAGCAACCGGAGCAGGUUACAAGAUUUUGUCCGUAGCAACUGGUCAAGCUGAUGCUUAUAUUUUAUCUAAGUCUUCUACUUAUCGGUGGGACACUUGCGGUCCUCAAGCUGUUUUACAUUCUUUAGGAGGUGGAUUGAUAAAUUUUUCAGAGUUCUCGAAACACUCCAAAUCCUCCGAUACAUUCCUAACGUAUUCGACGGAAGGUAAGGAUUUUUCCAAUAAGGAUGGAUUUAUUGCUUAUCGCGAUACACAAAUUUUGGAAACGCUCAGUCUUGUUCUCUCUUCCUAAAUCCAUAUAGUCGGAUCGUAUUCAUAGGUGGUCGAUUCCAACGGGUUCCUUCAAUUCCAACCCUUUCGGAUUAUUGUUGAUCACGCAGGCAUUCAUUAAUGUUCAUUGUUUAUUUGAAAAUCGUGAACACUGACUUCCAACGGAAUCCAGGCUCGGAAUUCGAGUAGCAGUCAAAUGUGUUCGAUCACAUGUAAGAAGUACACAGGCAGACUUAUGUGUAAAGAAAUAUAUGCUCGUGUACAUUACACGUUUACUUAACUGUACAUUAUAUAUUAUUCUAGCCCCAAUAACUUACUAACUAAACCAGUCUUAAUUACAAAACGUCGCAUAACGUUACUCUGUUCCAGUUUUACGAAAGUAGAAAUUAUGAGGGGACACCCGAUCUGUUAAUUCCUCGUUUCCGUCUUUUUAUCAGUGACAUGUUAUCGGUACUUAGUAUAAUGUAUCGUUCCCACGCAAUUUCAAGCGGAAAUGCGGUAGUACUGGUAACCGUUGUGUCUUACAAAUGUAUGUGCCAAAUGUUAAAGAAAUUACUAAUUAAACUAUCGAUGUUAUCUUCUCGCAGUGCGGAGAA